AUGUCGUUCCUACAGUCAUUCCAAGAACAAUUACAGCAAACCACCCAGCAGCUCACCACUUCAUUGAACAGUUUGAAACUUCAGGACACUGCUGCUCAGUUGUCCAGCACCGUUCAGAAGGAGGUGAACAACCUGAAGCCGAUUUUUGCGCGUACUACCCGCUCAUUGCAGGAAAGGUUCGGGUCUAUUGAUGACAUUAGUGAGCUACCAAAAGAAUACAAGGAUCUUGAAAGACGUGUGGACAACAUUCGCCAGUUUUUUGUCCAGGUUCUCGAGAUUACAAGACAGUAUGAACUAGAAGCGUACGACAAUCCAUCAAAUCUGAAAGAAAGCUUGACUGAUUAUACGUCUUUGAUAAACGAGAAGAUUACUGAAUUGUCACAGGCUAGCACAACGCAAGAUGCAGAAAAGGUUUUGUUAUCUGGCCGUAAAGAUAAGACGCCAAGAACUUUUGCUCAUCAAUUCAGUAAAACAUUGAAGACUUCGAGGGACAAUAUCAUAGCGAACAAGCCAGUCUCCGCCUUGCCAAUCAACAUCAUUUCAAACAAUGAUCAGGCGGAGUCUUCUGUCAACGCAGCAGAUCAAUCCACCAAUGGGGCAUCAGAUGAAGCAGAAACAGAGACCCCAUUGACCACUGCGUUAUUGAAGAUCAGUGAAUCGGAAUACAAGAUUGGCAAUGAAAGGUUGGAGCAGGACAAGUUGAUCAUAAUUGAGUUCAACACUAAGGUGAAGAACCUUUUGUCGCAGGACUUUGUCAAGUGCUCGCAACUCAGAUCACAGGUCGAGAAUGCGAGAUUAGGUUUCGAUACCGUCAGGGCAGAAAUUAAGUCUGUGCAGAACGGUAACCCGGAGGUUGAAGUGCCAGAAAAUUUGAGUAAGAAGUUGGAGACAUGUGAAGAUGAGUUGGUCAACGCGACCGAGGUUGCUGUUGAAGCUAUGAAGGAAUUGAUCAAGCCAUUAGAAUCUAUCAACCUAUUGAAACUUUUGUUCAAGAUCCAGCUCAACUACCACAAGAACGUAGUGGCUGAAUUGACUUCCCUAGUGGGUGAGUUGGAUGCGAUUCCAUUAGACGAUGAAGAGUAA